CAAUGCGUCCUACGUUAACAACAACUAAAAACGCAUUUUUCGUCUGUGUCUCGAUUAUUUUUACAAGAUUUUACAAAAUAUAGAUAUUUAAUUUGCCGUUCGUAGAGAUAUUUAUAUCCUUAUAAUCUAAUAUAGUUGCAUCGUAAAAAUGUUAUAAUGGCCACCUUUGAAAAUAGAUUGAGUCGCAGAAAAGGUAAACAUGGAGGCGAUACUUAUAGGUUAGACACUAAAAAUAAAACACCUGAAGAAAAUAUAAUAGAAAUAGUGCAAGGUCUUUAUAUAAAAAAGACAUUCCACAAUGAUACCUCACCUACGAAUAAGAACCUUCCUCCUGAAUUCAGAUCAGGUUUUAGGAUUCAGAAGAGUGGUUCUGACAGCCACAGAUGGUCAUAUUUUGAUGCUUUGGUUACACUGUUACAUAAAGAGGAUAGAAGUAACUUAGGAUUUACUACAGAUGAAUUGAUGACUUGUAUUCGCAUCAGCCUGGUGGAUGAUUCUAUGGUGAUAAGAGCAGCAGGUUUGAGAGUUCUGAGAUACUUGAUCAAAACCGAGAGUGACAUAGCUACAUUUAAUAAUCUAAAAUUACCAUAUCUUGUGACUAGAUCAAUGGAUCUCAUGCUUCGGAAUGAGGAAGAGCGUGCCCAAGCAUUGAAAGUUGUCCGUCGAGUGAUUGCAGUGGUAGGAGCUAUUGAACAGGGAACAAGAAAACAUAGGGCUGCCUACAUUGAUCAAGGCCUAUUAAGAUGCUUGGCAGCUGUAGCCAGGGCUGGCAGUGCUGGUGAUGGUAGCGGUGACAGAUUAUCAAGGCCUGCUAUUGCUACAUUGGCAGAAAUAUGUGUAUUAAAUCCGGAAUUAUUCAUAUCGUGUGGUGGGGUGACGGCGGUGACGCGGCAACUGGCGGAAUGUGCAACGCCGCGUAUGGCGGAGGCGUUGUGUGGUGUUUUAUUACACACCCUCAAUGAUCCGAAAUCUCGUAAAGCUGCUAGGAUUGACCUCACCUGUCUAAAUUCACCCUACUGUGAUUUUCAUUUUAGACCAGCUGGCACUGAUACUAGCAAAGAUGAGCGUGAGAUGCGGUUCACUUGCAGUCGUCUGGCAUUGUUGUGUGUGCUGCGCAGCUGGCCAGGGUUGUUACACUUCUGUCACCCUGCUAGCACGGGCGGGCUCAGCGCUUUGGUGGCAGCCCUGUAUUUACCAAGGCUGGAGGUUCGAAAAGCCAUAUUGGAUUUGUUGUAUGAAUUAGUGGGACUGCCUCAACCAGAUUGGACCGAUGAAAUAUCUGUUGCUUUAGAUGCUGUAGAUCCUUCUGAUUUUCAAGACUCGUGGCGUUUGAAUCAUGGUUUCGUGUCUGCUGAAGGAAUAGCAAUUUUACCUCAUCUUUGCGCCACCGGCCCUGAUAUAAUUGAGAUUCACUUAGCCCUAUUAUUACAAUGUUUCCUGGAGGUUGGCCUCCUGGAUGGAUUGGUCGAAGUGAUUGUGACAAGCGAUACCUUUAUAUCUGUUAGGGCGACCGUACUACUAGGUCAACUCUUGCAUUUAGUACACCUAUUUCUACCUCCUCAAAUAUGUAGUAUAACACCAGCUCUACCAUCUUUGAUAUCUCAAGCAUCCAAUGGGAAGCCCCAGGCUCUAGCUGCGGUCGCUGCUUUGAGAAGAUUGCAUUCUAUGCACGAGGCCAGACCAGCCGCUAACAGCCUUUUUCUCGAUCAUAUCAUACAGUAUUGCAGCGGGGCAUUCAGAACAAAAAUUGAAGAUACAUCAAAGAGCAAAAAGGAGAAAGACAAUGCUAGCAUGGCUAAACCCAGAAAUAUGGCUGAUGUUCCUCAAGACAGUAUUGAAUUUUUAAACGAAUCUGAUACAGAAUAUGAGCCAAAGCAAAGGCAUAGUGUCGGUUCGAGGGCCGAUGUCGCCUCUAGGAAUGUGAGCGCUCUCGUUAAAAGUAAAAGUGUGAGUUCAAGGACCAGUGCCGCUGUGAGUAAAGUCACUAAGUCCGCAAAAUUCUUCAGUCUAUUUGAGCGUGACAGCGACAGCCUUAUAAGGUCGUCACUUGUCAUGCAGAACAAAGAUGGAAACACAUGGAAUUGGGAGAUCAUUAGAACCAUACUGAAGGAAACCGAAGGCACUCCUUUGUUGAAUCUGAACGACAGCGGUCAUAGAGCUUGGGCGAGUCGUAUAAUUAAUUAUUUGAAACCAUCUGCUAAUAAAUAUUCCCACACGGAUCUCUCGACGACCUGCAACGGACAUUCGGCGACGCGUGCCGGCUGUCAGCUGAUACGGCAUCUACUGCGGCACAAUGAUUCUGAUUCGCAAAGACUGUUAGAGGAAUUGUUCAUGGACGUCAGCCGUCAGAUAGAGGCCAUAGAGACUGGUCGCAAGGCUCAUGAGUGUCUGUUCAGUCCGCAACACAUGUGCAACACUAUGUGCCAAAUGUACUUCCUGUUUAUCGGACAACUGUGCCAUUCACACACCGGUUUGAGACUCUUCAAACAAACAAAACUAUAUGAGAAUCUCCUAGAAUUAUCUACCAAGACCCAUCACAGCUGUUACGUUAAGUUAGUCAUAUCGAGUCUAGAUUACACUAUAGAUUCGUGUCCACGUGAUAUUCUUGCCAAGACCCUGACAUGCAACAUACAAGCAUCAAGACUGUACACAACUCAGUUCCUAAACGUACUUUUAAGAGCGUCGCGGAAAUCUAAAGAUUUGGUGCGAAAGAAGUCGAAAUUAAAGAAGGAUAUUAUGCAGGAUCACUUUAAGUUCGCUCAUAGAGAUGAUAGUGUUGAUAGCGGCUUGGACAUGGAUUCCUGGGUCCUCAAGAUGUUAGUAGGUCAAGUUAAGGACGAAUUCAAAGCGGUCGUUAAAACUGCUUUGACUAUUCUCGAAGAAGCUUACAGUGUACCUGUUUAUUUAGAAAAGUUAAUGACGUUAAAGGACGCGCUAGCGCAAAAUUGUCGCUUGGAUAAAUCCAUUGAACCGUCGGCUAUGGAUUUCUCAGCAGUGGGCGACCGUGGCUACUUACUGUGGCUGGGUCUAGAAGUCGCGUCUGCGUCUCAAAUAGCUGAUGCAAAUGCUAUAACAUUCGUCAAAAAACAUUUGGAUUUUUGGAACAAAUCCUACAACUACAGAUACGUCCGCCUAGUAGAAGCGGUGGUCCACGAAGCUCUGACAGUGUCAGAGAGUUCGAGACGAGCCCGCAACGCUCGUCGCUCAGCGCGUCCGCCGCCGCACCUGCUUGCCACCCUCGCCCACCUGUGUACCAACAAGAACGGUAACCCGCCAUUCACCAAGGGACUGCUGGCCGCCGUUCUACCACCACACUAUAAGAUCCUACAAAAGAAGCAGUGUGUGACGGAGCAAGAGAUCGUUGAUCUAAAAGCUUCUUUGUGGGCGGUUGGGAAUGCAGCGGUAACCCCCCAAGGCUUACAGCAGCUGAUGAAUUUGAGUAAUGGCUUCCUCGAGGACUCUAUACCGGUUCAUAUUGUACGUCUCGCGAAGUAUAGUCCUGUGUACGCAGUACGGGCGACCGCCUUCUAUGUCCUGGGGCUGAUUGGUAGCACCUUUGACGGGGCUAAUCUUUUGCAAGAAUUAGGUUGGCUCUGCGUCCGCCACACAAGACACGACCGAUUCCCCGUCAUCCCAGACGAGAAUUACACUCAAAUGGUAGAUCCGAGCGACACGUCGCUGUCCUUUAUGACGUCACCGAACAAACGUUUCAAUUUCGACAUAGACCUGAGCGAGCAUUCAGACCACACAGAUCAGAGCACGGCGGAGAGUCUCCACUCGGAAAAUGUUAAGCUAAACAGGACAAUAGCUUCAAUGGAUCAGACCGAGAGCGAUCAAGACGUCGUCGACCACAAGCUGGGUUCGAUCGAACGCCGCGAACCCGACAAGAGGAAGUCUCACACGCUGCCGUCACAGGGAUCCACCUCGCAUGAACGGACGUUAACAGAGUCGAGGACUGUGGACAUUUUAAGAGACUGUUCAGUGUACGAGAGGCCUCGCAUGCAUAUGGACAGAUUUGUGAAAAUGAAUUCCUUCGAUCACACACAGGAGGGACGGGUUAGAAAUACCAGCGAGUCCAGUACGAGCGGUGUUAGCAGUUGUGAUUCGUUUCUAGGAAAACAUGCGCUGCCCGAGCGUGUGGUGAAGCUAAGCCCUAUUCCAAGUUCGUCCAGCCUUCAUGGAUUGCGAGGAUCCACUCGCACUAGACCGACCAGACGUACUUCCACCUCCAGUUUCACUACACCAGAAGCAGCCAGUUCACCGCCUACUCAAAUGGAUAUGAGUGGAUAUGCAACACUUCUAUCAUUAAAUAAACACAGAAGGCCGCAUUACGUAUCAGAGAGUGAAGCAAUGGGCGCCAAUGACAUAGACGUGUUAAACUGGCUACCGCUUGACUCUAAUCAACAGCCGAAAGUAUUUUCAUCAUUGCGUGAUAGAUCUAAAUCAACUCGAGAAAGGAUGACUAAAUAUAGUCUCUUAGAAUACGAUUGGAAGCCGCUAACUCAGAACGAAAGUUCGAGAAUUGUUGCACCGACAUCUUCGAAUUUGAGGACAAUGCCUUCAAUGCCAAAAACGCCAUAUUACAUGGGCAUAUGUCUGCCGAGGAACCUCAUGGAUCUGUUUCCGAUGGAAAAUGAUGGCAAUGUUAUGGAACCAGAGGAAAAAGCGGUUCAUCCAGUGUCUUCUGUAGUAGAGGACGGGUUGGCCGGCGACCUGAGAACGCGGACACCUGACUACUCGCUCGGACUGAAUAAAGGAACGAGCCUUCACACAUCAAGUACGUCGACCGGAAACACUCAAACUGAAAUCGAAGCUAGCAAGGUUGAGAGUGACAUUAAAACAGAUGACAGAAGCAAGUCAGAUAUAACCGUCACAGAUAAGAGGGAAGUCAGGGAGGAUAACAUGUAUGGGAGGGUCGGGAAAGUUGGUAAAUGGAGGCACGUAGCGUCUGACUGUUUGGCCUGUGUUAAAACGAGACCGCCCUCAUCGCACGAACUGAGAGAGGCUUUCUUUGCUGAGCUAGAAAGUCCGGCGGGCCCAUCUUCACCUGUGGGAUCUACUCCUCAGGCAUUGCUGUUACACAAUGUCCUUUUUAUGGCUAACCCCAUACACUUGAGGCAGACGCGGUCUUCCUUACUCUCCCUGAAGCAGCGUCACCCAGAUGUCUUCCGCAGUCCCUGUGUGUACUCGGAUGUAUGUGCUUUGCUCGCUCGAGACACGUACAUGUUGUGCGCGAGACGAUUCCUCCAGGAAUUAUUCCUUGACACAAACUUCGACUGUUUCAGAGACGAACCAGCCGCCGUACUAGCGAGACACAACCUCAAUACGGAAUAGCUUCUGUAUAGGUGGUUUAACUGUGCGUCUCAUGUUGCUUACUGUACUCGGUUUCAACUAAAGCGCAUAGGAUCUUAAUUUAUUUAAACUUGUGUUUCUAGAUUAAUGUCUAUGGUUAGACAUGCAGUCAUCUUACUAAUAUAUCUUAUUAAUAUUGAGAGCAUUUUCGUGUUACUCGCUUUGCAUUCAGAAAAAAAAAAACAUUGAAGAUACAACUGUUUCAUUGAAAUGGAUAAAAAUAUUUGAUUGAAUGUACACAUGAUAUUGAAAAUAGAGACAAAUGUAUUAUUCGUAUAUGUGACCAUAACUCUCAGAAUAAUAAAUAAAACAUAGACAAUAGAAAUAGAAUUUAAAAAAAAACAUCGUCAUUGUGUGGGUAAUGUGUAAAAUUUACUUGUUAGAAUAAAACUAGUUUCUAUCAACUUGUAUAUUUUAACUAUUAACUUUCUGUAUGAAAUGAGCCAUAAUUUAAAGCGAUCAAAAACUAGUUCUAAAGAAAUAUAAAAUCAUCGAUGAAGCUAAACACUCCACAGCUGUCCAAAAAAGGUCCUAUAUAAAAAGUACAUUAAUUUGCCAAAGCAAUAAUCUUUACAUUGACAAUAGUCUAUUGCGAUAAGCUAUGUCUAUAAUACAAAUAACACGACAUAUUAAAAACAUAUAUCUGAGAGAAAAAUAAUAUUGAUUUGUCCUAUGUUGUCGAAUAAUAUUAUUGUAUUAUUAGUUAUUAUUUACUUGAACACUUUAUUUAUUUUAAACACUCGAGUAUUGCAUGAAUUACUGUAAUGUAAUCUUAAAAUGUGAUCCGAAUUAAAAUAUUGCAAAAAACAACCAAAAAAAAUAAUAAUGGUGAAAUUAAUUAGUUGACAAUACAAUUUUCGUGUUUAUUUUUAGGACGUCAUUAUAAACUGGGGAGUUUUAUUAGAAAUUUAAUGUUUUAAUUAUUAUUCCGAGACGAUCAAACGUUAAUUUACAGAAUACAUAAUCUAUUUUCCGUGAGUGAAAUGUAACUUGCAUACGCUGUAAUAAAACCUUUUGUUAUAAGUCAAAUUAACUUGUAAACUUUAACAGUCAUGAAUAUGUUCCUUUAAAAAUAGGCAAUAUUGUGUAUAGACUAGACCUUCGUACUAUUUAUGUAAUAAUGUAUUGUAUAGUGAUUACACAGUGAUUAGUGGAUAUAUAAUAGUUGUGUUAUUUAAUAUAUAUGAAUUAUCAACAUUCCUCAUACAAAAUUAUAAUGUGCUUCUCGAUAUAUAUAUCUGACAAUAGUUUCAAAAUUAAAAUAGGUGACUCAUAGAAAAUAAAUAUCCAAUGAAUUUAUUAUAAAUAUGUAGGCAUUUAAAAAUUAAAUGAGCUGGCUGUAGUAUAAAUAAUUGGAUUUCUCUAUUAUCAUGUCCCAAAAUCUUUACUUGUUUUUUUUUUUUGUAACAAUAUUAUAUAAAAAAAUGAAGAAAAUGUUUUUGGUUCCUCCACAUUUAAAAUGGUCAAUUAUUAUUUGUGAACGUUUUGAUUUAAUGAUUGAUGUAUAUUUUUCAUAUAAUUAAAUAUUUUGUAUUGUAGUAAAUACUUUGAGCCUUGUCCUAGUUAAGUCAUACUUAAGUAUAACUGAUUGUUGAUGAUUUGUAUUCUGUCGUAUCUGUAUUGCUAAUUUAUUUGGUUUUCCUGAACCACUGCCCGUAAAUAAAUUAUUCACUGCCUAUAAGUAAUAUAAACUUUCAUAGAACUAAUAAUAUGUUAGUAAGCUUUUAAUUUAUUUGUUUUACCUUAAACAAAUUAAACAUUUCAAUAUAUUCCGUAUUAUAAUGUGUAAGAUUUUUAAACAAUUAGUUUGACCUCCUUUUCUAGUGAUAUAUCCCACCUGUAGAGAAAUAGUUGUGACUCCCAUUAUAUACGAAAUAAAAAAUAUAUUUUCACCGUUGUGUUCAAACCUUAAAAUCUGGUAAUUGCAUUUAUUUAAAUUGUUCUUUGUCUAUUGUUGUUGUACUACAAAACAGUUUAUGUUGUUAUAUUUAUUACAGAACAUAUAAAAAUAAUGUAAUUAUAUAGCUGGGUGUCAUUUAUUUAUUAUACAUUGUUAUGUAAAAUAUUGUUAAUGUCUCAAGGUAGGUUAAGUUACCCUAACAUUUAGUUGUUUGUGUUAUUUAAGAUCUUCAAAGAUAUAUAACAGUAUUCCUAUAACCGUUUAGUUGAUAUCUGUUUAAGUUGUAUCGACGUUUGCAUUUAUACUCCAAUAAAUUAAGAUAUUUUGUUUCUCCUUUUCUUCUUGCAGGUAUUAUUUAUAUAAAAAUGUGAGUUGUAAUCAGUUGUUCCGUCAUGACACUUGGUUGCAUCAAUACAUAACUGAUGUCGGGAAUUUAAAGACAAGCUAUAUAUAUUUUUUUAAUUCUAUAAAAUAAUACAGAACCGGGAGUCCCUUGUCAUUGGUAUUAAUAAUAAUAAAAAUGUUCAUAUAAAAGCAACUAGGUAAAUAAACAAAAUGUUGUGCCAUUGAGUGGGUUCCUUGAAUAUCAUAACAUUUAUAAAAUUCUUUAUUAAUAUAAUUAACAUGUAACAGAAGUUUUGCAUUCAUUAUUCAAUAUAAUCAUUAUAUAAUUUUAUACAACA